AUGCGUCUAAACCAUGACCAUGCAACCAUGACGGAGCGGUUAAAGGAGAACAAGGAAAAGAUAAAAAUGAACCAGCAGCUUCCGCAUCUGGUGGGGAACGUCGUUGAGAUUUUGAACAUUUCGCCGGAAGAUGAAGAGGAUGGUGCAAGUCUUGACUUGGAUGCGCAACGUAAAGGAAAAUGUGCCGUCAUAAAAACGUCAACACGACAAACCAUUUUCCUGCCUCUCAUUGGACUAGUUGAUGCGGAGGAUUUGACACCAGGAGACCCUAUCGGUGUAAAUAAGGAUUCGUAUUUGAUUCUUGAUAAGCUUCCUUCCGAAUAUGACCCGCGCGUCAAAGCAAUGGAGGUCGAUGAGCGACCCAAGGAAGACUACAAUGAUAUUGGCGGUCUCGAUAAGCAAAUUGAAGAGCUUGUUGAGGCAAUUGUGCUCCCAAUGACCCAUCCAGAGCGCUUCAAAAAUGUAGGCAUUAAGCCGCCAAAGGGAGUGCUUAUGUAUGGACCUCCAGGUACAGGAAAAACCCUUCUUGCCCGUGCAUGUGCUGCACAAACAAAGUCAACCUUUUUGAAGCUUGCCGGUCCCCAGCUUGUGCAGAUGUUUAUUGGCGAUGGUGCAAGGAUGGUCAGAGACGCUUUUGCCUUGGCAAAGGAAAAGGCUCCAGCAAUUAUCUUCAUCGACGAGCUUGAUGCAAUCGGAACAAAGCGGUUUGAUUCCGAGAAAAAUGGCGAUCGAGAGGUACAAAGGACAAUGCUAGAGCUCCUCAAUCAACUUGACGGGUUCUCAACAGACGACAAAGUCAAAGUGAUUGCUGCCACCAAUCGAGUUGAUACUUUGGAUCCUGCGCUCCUCAGAUCUGGAAGAUUAGACAGAAAAAUCGAAUUUCCGCUUCCAGAUGAAGCCGCAAGGGUUAAUAUUCUCAGAAUACAUGCGCGGAAAAUGCGUGUGUCUUCGGACGUAAAAUUUGAGGAGCUUGCGAGAUGUUGUGAAGACUUGAACGGCGCCCAAUGUAAAGCGGUUUGCGUGGAAGCCGGAAUGAUUGCCUUGCGCCGCUCUGCAUCCGAAAUCACACACGAAGACUUUGUAGAAGGUCUUCAAGAAGUUCAGGCCCGAAAAAAAACCUCGCUGCAGUAUUUUGCCUAA